AUAGGCAGCUGUUGUCCUACUACAGGUUGCUAUUAUUUUCCUUUACCAGUAUUAUCAUGUAUACUAGUUAACAUUUGGAAUUUGUGGCCUUUCAUUAGGAGACAUCUAAAAAGGAGAGAACGGGUAAUUUUUUUUGUUUGUUUGAAAAUGUUAUUCUCUGUGCCCAGGGAAUAUGGAAUAGACAUGUCAGUCUGCACUGAAUGCGUUAAUCAGUUUUUGUUAGCAGCAUGGCAUAAUGAGCAUAUUAACUACAACACCUACGUUGGCAGCCAGCAGUCUGCUUGUGAAAUCUUUUAGAAAACAGAAAUCUGGUGAGAAGUGUUCCUGAGCAGUUGAAGUAUUGUUGGGUGCAGAGGGAGGGCAUUACAUAGAACAAAUAAAGUAGAAAAAAUUUGUCCUCCAAAAAGUAGUUGUUUCACCACUGAAAGCCAUGAGAAAAGACAUUUUAUCUGUGGAUUGAGAUGUGGCUGUCUAAUUUAUGUAGGACUUAAUAGAGUUAUUUUUGUAUUUUGAUUUUUCAUUUAACUUUGUCAUUUAAAGAACUUCAAGGUACAUUUCUAUUUGAUGAAAAAAGUUUUGUAAAACAUUUUAAGGAUGGUUUCUCAUUUUUUAGUAUAUAUUAUAUGCUACUGUAAAUUAUUUUUCCCUUCCACUUCCAAUUAAAACAUACCUUGACUUAAAAAUAUACCUUCAGCAGAAAUAAGAAAAGUUUCUAUUUAAGCAGAGUUCUUGGCACUUAAGAGGUGUUCAGUAAGUUUUUAUGGAAUAAAUUAACGUAUGCAUGAAUGAAAAAUAUUAUUCUGAAUUUGGACUUCAUACUCCCAUAAUUUGUGUACAGUAUAGGUUUGGUGUACAAAGGCCUUCUAUUCAGCCCUCAUUCCCAUGUCUAUUUUCCUCCCCACCUCACAGGCACACUCUCUAAUGUGUUUGAUAUGUCCUUGAUUCUAUAUGCAUCUUUGUAAAAUACUUACUGAUUCUUUUGGUGUAUGUAUUUUUAAUUACAAAAUUGCUCAUUAUACCACACUGUUGUAGAAUUUGGCUAUAGAAUUCUCCUUGUAGAAAUGCUGUAGAUCUUACUCUGUUUUUUACUUUUUUCAGUGAGCACUAUGUUUUAAGAUCUAUGUAUGGGCCGGGCGCAGUGGCUCAAGCCUGUAAUCCCAGCACUUUGGGAGGCCGAGGCGGGCAGAUCAUGAGGUCAGGAGUUCAAAACCAGCAUGGCCAGCAUGGUGAAACCCUGUCUCUACUAAAAAUACAAAAAAUUAGCUGGGUGUGGUGGUACGUGCCUGUGGUUCCAGCUACUCAGGAGGCUGAGGCAGGAGAAUUGCUUGAACCUAGCAGACAGAGGUUGCAAUGAGCCAAGAUUGCGCCACUGGCACUCCAGUCUGAGUGACAGGCUCUUUUGGAAGAAAGUAGAGCUGAUGUUAUAUCCUUUACAAAUGAGCAUCCCAGCUACUUGGGAGGCUGAGGUGGGAGGGUCGCUUGAGCCCUGAAGUCUGGAGUUCAAGGCCAGCCUUGGCAACAUAGUGAGACUCUGUCUCUAAAAAAAGAAUUUUAUAAAUGUUAGGCAGCAUAUUGCCUAGGAAGUAAAAUUUAAGAUAAAUGUAAAAAAUGGGGUCCUCAUCCCAGCGUGGUGGUGGCCCACGCCUAUAAUCCCAGCACUUUUGUAGGCCGAGGUGGGCAGAUCACUUGAGGCCAGGAGUUCAAGACCAGCCUGGACAACAUGGUGAAACCCUGUCUUUACUAAAAAUACAAAAGUUACCUGGAUGUGGUGGUACGAACCUGUAAUCCCAGCUACUUGGGAGGCUGAGGCAUGAGAAUUGCUUGCCUGGGAGGCAGAGGUUGCAGUGAGCUAAGAUCAUGCCACUACCCUCUAGCCUGGGCAACAGAGCGAGACUGUCUCAAAAAAAAAAAAAAAAAAAAAAAUGGGAUCCCCUAUCAGUGAUUCAUUCGACCAGCAGUAUAUAUUAAUAUGUCCUUUGUACCAUGUACUAUGCUAUGUCAACAGGACACAAUAAUGGAUGAUAAAUAACCCUUCCUCCCAGUCUAGCUCAGUCUAGGUUGCCAUUCCAUGUAUACUGUAAAUAUGGCUUGGUGGACUGCCUUUCUGUUUAAUGGUAAAGCAUUUUAAUAAAUAACUUCUAAGAAGUCAAUUAAUGUGGCAAAUGAACAGCAUUUUUACCACCUAGAUUAUUCUGAAUCAUAGUCAAAAUGUGUAAAUGCAAUCCUGCUACCCUUUGUAUUUCACAGUAAUUCAAAAAUCUCUGUUUUGCAGUUUCUGUGCAGAGGCCUUGAAUUUAAACUUAAACCAUUAUUGAGAGUCAUAAAUGGACAAAACCCGUGGCAAACUAAUACUUUUGCAUGUUAAUAAAGUCAGCAGACCUUGAGCCUUUUGUUCAUGCUUUCUGUGUGGUGCACUGAAAUGUGAAAUGUUAUAUGUUUCUUAUUUACUCUGGGCGAUAUGUACAAAAUUUUAGAAUUUUAAAUUUGAGUGGGACUGGAGAUAACAUAAUUAAUCAGUGGCAGAGUGUGGACUGAAACCCAGGCUACCUGAUACCUAGUUUAGUUCUCUUCCCGCUAUUCUAUGCUGGGCUUCCUAAUUUAGCAGCCAAGAGAGAUUUAAUUGUAAUUGCUGAUUGUGGUCUCCUUAAAACUUUAAAGUUUUCUUUAUUUAGCUGUAAAUGCAUGUAAAUUUUUUCUCUAUUUAGUUGUGUGAAUUUCCUCUGCCUUGUAUCUUCCAAGGCAUUUGGGCUGUUUUAACUUCGAUUACGGCCGGUUGAGGUGGCUCACGCCUGUAAUCUCAAUACUUUCGGAGGCUGAGGCUGGUGGAUCACGAGGUCAGGAGUUUGAGACCAUCCUGGCCAACGUGGUGAAACCCCCCCUUUACUAAAAAUACAAAAAUUCAUCAGGUGUGGUGGCGCACACCUGUAGUCUCAGCUACUUGGGAGGCUGAGGCAGAAGAAUCACUUGAACCCAGGAGGCGGAGGUUGCAGUGAGCCGAGAUUGUGCCACUGCACUCUAGCCUGGGCAACAGAGUGAAGCUCCAUCUUAAUUAAAAAAAAAAAAAAAGAAAAGUUCAAUUAGAUGGCUGAUCAUUUAUGAUUUAAAAAGUCGUUUAUGACAUUGACUUAAAAAUAUGUCAUUCUUAUAGACUUUGUACCAAAAUGCAGAGAAAGUAUCUAACUCAGGUUUUGAGCCAUUGAUUCGUUGGGAGUGACAAUGAGGAUAUGUUUCCACUCCAAAACAGGAUUAGAUGCAGCUUCCUCGAUUAUUAUGAGUGCCUUGCCUGCCCUCACAGCUAUCUUGAGGCACGGAGGGGAUGUGCGUGGAAGCACUUUGAAAAACAUAAAGUGACAUAACAAUAUGUUUUGCUUUAAUUCAUGAAUCUUCUAAUUGUAUAUUUGAGACUUUUUGUCGUAAGACAUUUUGCUAUGUGAGCUUAUAGAUUGAAAUAGAUUUAGGGCUGAGCGUGGUGGCUCACACCUGUAAUCCCAGCACUUUGGGAGGCCGAGGUGGGUGGAUCACAAGGUCAGGAGUUCGAGACCAGCCUGACCAACAUGGUGAAACCCCAUCUCUACUAAAAAUACAAAAAUUAGCCAGGUGUGGUGGCACGCGCCUGUAAUCCCAGCUACUCAGGAGGCUGAGGCAGGAGAAUCACUUGAACCCGGGAGGCGGAGGUUGCAGUGAGCCAAGAUGGUGCCACUGCACUCCAGCCUGGGCAACAGAGCGAGACUCCGUCUCGAAAAUUAAAAAAAAAAACGAAAUGGAUUUGGAUAGGCCAAAAAUGUGACUGGGUCAAGGAAAACACUUAAAUCCAUCAAGGCCUUGCUGAUAGUAAAAUAAUAGAGUGGAUGGGUAGUGGAAAAUAAGGAUAGUGUGCUAGUGCCUUAGAAUGUAAAGGGAAAUAAUAGGCAGACUAGAAAGUUUUGUCUGUGUUGCAUAUCCAGCCUCUCCAUUCUUUGGUCAGUAUUUAUUGAAGCACCUACUAAGGACGAGGUACUUUUUCAGACAUCAAAGAUAUUACUUACUAUCACAAUAAGUAAGACAAAGAUGCUAUUUCUGUCCUCCAGGAACUUACAGGGCAAGGCACUUACAGAUGAGAUACAGCAUAGGUUAAUAAAUGUUUGUAGUUUGGAGUGUGCCACCUUAUUGAGCUUGCUGAAAAAGAUAUAAUCUUGGUUAAGUUUAUUUACUGACUUAAAUGUAUUAAUAUUCUUUUGGUCCACUUUUUAAACUUUAAAACAUAUAAAAUAUACAUAAAUAUUUUGAGAUAUAAAAUAUAUUUUAAAAUAUAUAACUAUUAUAAAAUAUAUUUUAAAAUAUGUAACUAAAUCUUAAAAUAUAUAUAGAUAGUAUAUUUAUAUGUAUUUUUAAGAUAACAGAUCUAUUCUACUUCGUAAGUCAUCUGCACAUUCCCUACCUUACUACAUUAAUAUUAGGGAGCUAUCAAAGAAAGGGCAUUGCUGCUGUGACAUCACCCAGAAGUUAGUUUUUGGUGUUUGUCUUUCUUUCUUUCUCUCUCUCUGUCUCUCUCUCUUUCUUUCCUUCUUUCUUUCUUUCUUUCUCUCUCUCUCUCUCCUUUUUUAGACAAGGUGUCACUCUGUCACUCAGGCUGGAGUGCAGUGGUGCAAUCACGCGCAGCUCACUGCAGCCUUGACCUCCUGGCCUCAAGUGAUCUUCCUGUCUUAUCCUCCCAAGUAGCUGGGACUACAGAUUUGUGCCAAAACACACAGCAAAUUAUUUUUUGUAGAGGUAGGGUCUUCCUAUGUUGCCUAGGCUGGUCUCAAACUCCUGGGCUCAAGUAAUCCUCCUGUCUUGGCCUCCCAAAGUGCUGGGAUUACAGACAUAAGCUACUGCUCCUAGCCUGGAAUAUUUCUGAAGAGCAGAAACCUGGGUUUGAAUCCUUGCCUUGCCUCUUACUAGCUGUGGAACUUAGGUGUGCCACAGUUUCCUCAUCUGUCAAAUUGGAAUAAAAAUCUAUCUCACAGCUGUUGUGAGGAUUGAAUUUGUUAAUGUAUGUAACAGCACUUAACUGCGUUUCUGGCACACAUUAAACACUGUUCUCAGUGUUGCUGGCUAUCAUCAUAAUCAUCACCAUCAUCAUCAUUGUUAUUGUUUGGCAGAAUAAGAGUAAAUUGGGUAAGGUUUCAAGAAUGGAUUUUCUCCUUUUCAAGCCCUGAAAAUUGCUCUAAACUAAAGGUAGAUAAAGGAAGGAAAUUAACCCUUUAUUGAUCAUCAGCUAUGCACCAGGCAGUGCACUGGUGUUUUACUUGCAUUCUCGUUUAAUCCCUACACCAGUGCUGUGAAGUAGAUUAGAAAACAGGCUCGGAGAAGUUAAGGAAGGUCUUGUAAUAAAUGGACACCAUGAUGAUGACUGGUCUCUGUUACUCCACAUCAUGUGCUCUUUUCUUGCAUGAGCCAGACAGCCCCUGAGAGUUCAGCAUGUUUCAUAACAGGUAAUAGAGAAGAGGAAACCUAACCAAUGACUAUGGAAUAAUAUGGAAGAAGAUGGAAAAAACUUGUUUAAUGGGUUGAGAGAGUGGCGACUUCUAUAAGACAUGGAUAGAUGCAAACAUGUAGGGCGGUUACGGCUCGCCCAGGACCACUCCAUCCUGAACCCUCAGAAGUGGUGCUGCCUAGAGUGUGCCACCACCGAGUCCGUGUGGGCCUGCCUCAAGUGCUCCCACGUGGCCUGCGGCCGCUACAUUGAAGACCACGCCCUGAAACACUUUGAGGAGACGGGACACCCGCUAGCCAUGGAAGUCCGAGAUCUCUACGUGUUCUGUUACCUGUGCAAGGACUACGUGCUCAAUGAUAACCCAGAGGGGGACCUGAAGCUGCUAAGAAGCUCCCUCCUGGCGGUCCGGGGCCAGAAACAGGACACGCCGGUGAGACGUGGGCGGACGCUGCGGUCCAUGGCUUCGGGUGAGGACGUGGUCCCGCCGCAGCGCGCUCCUCAGGGACAGCCGCAGAUGCUCACGGCUCUGUGGUACCGGCGUCAGCGCCUGCUGGCCAGGACGCUGCGGCUGUGGUUCGAGAAGAGCUCCCGGGGCCAGGCGAAGCUGGAGCAGCGGCGGCAGGAGGAGGCGCUGGAGCGCAAGAAGGAAGAGGCGCGGAGGCGGCGGCGCGAGGUGAAACGGCGGCUGCUGGAGGAGCUGGCCAGCGCCCCUCCGCGCAAGAGUGCACGGCUGCUCCUGCACACGCCCCGCGACGCGGGCCCGGCUGCCUCGCGCCCAGCCGCCCUCCCUACCUCACGCAGAGCGCCCGCCGCCACACUCAAGCUGCGUCGCCAGCCGGCCAUGGCCCCAGGCGUCACGGGCCUGCGCAACCUGGGCAACACCUGCUACAUGAACUCCAUCCUCCAGGUGCUCAGCCACCUCCAGAAGUUCCGAGAAUGUUUCCUCAACCUUGACCCUUCCAAAACGGAACAUCUGUUUCCCAAAGCCACCAACGGGAAGACUCAGCUUUCUGGCAAACCAACCAACAGCUCGGCCACGGAGCUGUCCUUGAGAAGUGACAGGGCCGAGGCAUGCGAGCGGGAGGGCUUCUGCUGGAACGGUGGGGCCUCCAUUAGUCGGAGCCUGGAGCUCAUCCAGAACAAGGAGCCGAGUUCAAAGCACAUUUCCCUCUGCCGCGAACUGCACACCCUCUUCCGGGUCAUGUGGUCCGGGAAGUGGGCCCUAGUGUCUCCCUUCGCCAUGCUCCACUCAGUGUGGAGCCUGAUCCCUGCCUUCCGCGGCUACGACCAACAGGACGCGCAGGAAUUUCUCUGCGAGCUGCUGCACAAGGUGCAGCAGGAACUCGAGUCUGAGGGCACCACACGCCGGAUCCUCAUCCCCUUCUCCCAGAGGAGGCUCACCAAACAGGUCUUAAAGGUGGUGAAUACCAUAUUUCAUGGGCAGCUGCUCAGUCAGGUCACAUGUAUAUCAUGCAAUUACAAAUCCAAUACCAUUGAGCCCUUUUGGGACCUAUCCCUGGAAUUCCCUGAACGCUAUCACUGCAUAGAAAAGGGGUUUGUCCCUUUGAAUCAGACAGAGUGCUUGCUCACUGAGAUGCUGGCCAAGUUCACGGAGACAGAGGCCCUGGAAGGGAGAAUCUACGCUUGUGACCAGUGUAACAGCAAACGACGAAAAUCCAAUCCCAAACCCCUUGUUCUGAGUGAAGCUAGAAAGCAGUUAAUGAUCUACAGACUACCUCAGGUUCUCCGGCUGCACCUUAAAAGAUUCAGGUGGUCUGGCCGUAAUCAUCGAGAGAAGAUUGGGGUCCACGUCGUCUUUGACCAGGUAUUAACCAUGGAACCUUACUGCUGCAGGGACAUGCUCUCCUCUCUUGACAAAGAGACCUUUGCCUAUGAUCUCUCCGCAGUGGUCAUGCAUCACGGGAAAGGGUUUGGCUCAGGACACUACACAGCCUAUUGCUACAACACAGAGGGAGGUUUUUGGGUCCACUGCAAUGACUCAAAGCUGAAUGUAUGCAGUGUCGAGGAAGUGUGCAAAACCCAGGCCUACAUCCUUUUUUACACUCAAAGAACAGUGCAGGGCAAUGCAAGAAUCUCAGAAACCCAUCUCCAAGCUCAGGUGCAGUCCAGCAACAAUGAUGAAGGCAGACCACAGACAUUUUCCUGAAUGGGAGGCAUGUAUCAAAGACUGGCUUUUGUGUAUUGGUGUCCAUACAUCUUUCCUCUUAUAGGAAAUAAGGCUACUGCAGGAACAGAUUACUAGGUUUGCCUCACUGGGUCUAGAGUAGAAGGUGCCAGGUGAUUCGUGUCCUGUCAUAAAUUUUGUAGUCUCUUUCUUUUGAAUGAGUUUGGGAGUUCCCUCCUUUCCUAAAAACAAAAGAAGUAACUUCUAUGAAGAUCCUUUCAUCAGUUGCUUCUGAAUAUAGAGGGAUCUGGGUGGAAGAAAGGGGGAGUAAAUCAAUCAUAUCCACACAGGAGAGCAGCCAUGUUUUCUCUCCAUGAUGUGAUUCCCCUGCUAAUCAGGACCUCCUUGCAGCACCAGAAGAACCCUCCGGAUGUGAGCAGCCCUGGACAGAGCACGUGAGGAGGGGCCCUGGGCUAGCAGUUUGCUGGAUGGGAUUGGCUCCAAGAUGGGAGAUGAAGUCUAAAGGGUUUAUUCCCACAAAGGAAGUAACCUUCAAGGGUUUAAAACAAACUUCCUUUUUUGGGGAUAGCAGCUGAAGAGUGGAGUGAGAUUCAUGGAACAAAUUUCCCCAUGCAAAGUGGGAUGGUUUUCAUAUGUCAUACCCUCCCUACCUGCUGCUGUCAUUUAAUCAUUCCAUACUUCUGAGACUGGCACGAAUACCCCUUCAUUCUAAAGAAGGGGCAGGUCAUAUAAAGAAGCAAUAGACUAGCACAUGUUCCAUGAUGAGCCAAAGGACACUCCUGGCUAUCCCAGUUCUGUAGCAGAUCCCUGGUUCAGGUCUAGGACAAGCACAUGGUUUGGUUUAAAUUGAUUCUUAGGUUUUCUCAGAACUCAAUUGAGGGUGGGCAAAGACAGCUGAUGCUCCAGGGCUUAUUGAAUGCGUGUCACCCGUUCUCGCUUCAGUGCAGCAUGCAGCUUCUUAGCCUGCAGCUUCUUUCUUGCUCCUGGAGAGCUAGAACAUUCAUGUUCACAGGGUUUGGGACCUUUUGGUUCUCUAGGGUAUGUUAACUGCUUAGGAGUCCACCUCGUACAUAUCUGAAGAGUUGAUUACCAAUGGCCUUGACCUGUUUCCUCCCAAAUCUGAUAAUCCCUACUGUUGCUUUACCCCCCAUACUCAGUCCAUCAGAGAAAAAAAACAAGAGUGCCCUGUCCUUUCCCCCAGUGCUAGUAAAAUACAUCUUCCUUUUUAAAUUGGGUCAGUUUCUAAACAGAAUGAAAUUGCCCAGAUAAAAACCCUUGUCCCCAUCAGACACCACUUCAUUCUUAGUUCUUCACUUAGAUUUGCUGGUGAAAGUGAAUGCAAACCCUAACUUUUGUUGCUGUGGUCACUGCAGUGAGCCUCACUCAGCCUGUCACUAUGAAUGCUCAUCUUUUGACUGAGUAUAUCAUAUUAAUGUUUGAAUUCAGGUAGAAGUACAGUUGUCACUUGAAGGGAGUAGAUGUGGAAGGCGUUCGGGGAGGGGUGGGAAGUGGGGAAAGCGAGGCUAAAGAAUGAGGGUUAUAGCUUUAGCAAUGUUGAUGAGCCACAUUUCCCACACAGAUCCUGUAGCAUUUGCUGUUGACCUCUUUUGAGAUGAACUCUCCCAUAGGCCCUGCCAGGCAGCACUGAGACAUGGAGGAAAUUCAGACAAAAAUGGCUCACCCUGAUAGGGAAGGAGUGACUAUAUUUUAAAUUAAACUUGCUUUUUCCAACACUGUGAGGUUUCUGUAAUAUUUAGCUUUUAUUUGGAAGCGAUAGCGUAUGGCAUUUUUUAUGCUGUUUGGUUUAUAUUGUCUACUGCAGGCUUCUUUGUAUAAGCUUUGCCUGGGCUCACCCUCUCCUGGACACUGUUUUAAAGUGUCACCGCUGUCCAUGCUGCCAGAGGCUCUGAUGUGAAGCUGUACUCUCAAGAUCCACGUUUUUAAGUAGGCAUGAUUAGUAAUGACUUUUUGUGGCAAUAGAAACGCCCAUUAACUCAAAAAAACCAAGGAGAGUAAAAAGGAAAGGAAACUAUGAAUCGUGCCUCAUCUUUCAUUGAAUCCUAUAUUUAUUAUUCUAGAAAAAGAGAACUUACAAGACAGAGAAGAACUAAUAGAGCAUCUACUUUACCCCUCAGGCUGUCCAGUGGGGAUAAUUAUUAAUAAACAUUUAAUGGAAAAUUCAAAGAUCUUCCAAUUUAAUUUUUAAAAAUAGUUUUAUACCAAAUAUUAUAAGGAUUUAUUAAGCAGAUUAAGGACUUUGUGAAAUAAGUGCUUAGCUGAGCACGCAUAUAUCAAAGUAAUAAAAGAAACUAACAUCAGAGUCUCCACUGAGCUACACAUUUGUGAAAGGUGCCCACUGCAGUUACAGACACCUCAGGUACCCAGAGGCGGCAGCACUAGCACUUAGGCAGUUAGUAUUUAAGGAGAUUUUUAUUAAGAGUUCCCUGCUGCAUAAGCCAAUGGCUAUUGUGAGGGAAAUGUCCCUUUGCCUUUAAUUUAUUUACAUAUUGGGUAUAGAUGAAUGUCUCAGUUGCAUCUGAAAUUGAAUCAUUCUAAAGAGAAGAAAAUAAGAACCAGGUAAAAGCUGACUAGAUGCUGCCAAAUCAAACCCAAGGUCUCCUAACCGAACCUUAAUGGGCCUGCUUCUCUCCCAGGGCAAGUAGUUAAGAGUCUCAUUCCAGGAACCCUUUGUAGUUAGUUGGCUGGCAUGUUUACUUGCUGCUGUAGCCAGCCAAGAUGAGUGCACCUAGGCCCUCAAAAAGGAUUUUUUUUUUACCUCAAUCUAGCCUGACCCUCAUAUCUGUGGUUGCCUCUGAGACGAACAUCCAUGCUAGUAUAAAAAUAGUUAGGAAUGCCCUUGGCAGCCAGGAACUGAAGCUCUUAUUAAAUGAUGGACAGAGCUCUUGCCAGCUUUGAUCCAGCCCCUCAGUCUUGGAGUUAUGGGGCAGGGUUGGGGGGGGCAGUGCUACACUGUAAAGAAUUUCCAGGCUGGGCACGGUGGCUCAUGCCUGUAAUCCCAGCACUUUGGGAGGCCAAGGAGGGCGGAUCACAAGGUCAAGAGAUUGAGAUCAUCCUGGCCAACAUGGUGAAACUCCGUCUCUACUAAAAAUACAAAAAUUAGCUGGGCAUGGUGGCGCGUGCCUGUAGUCCCAGCUACUGGGGAGGCUGAGGCAGGAGAAUUGCUUGAACCCGGGAGGCAGAAGGGGCAGUGAGCCGAGAUCGUGCCACUGCACUCCAGCGUGGCGACAGAGCGAGACUCCGUCUCAAAAACAAACAAACAAAAAAACCAAAAAAAAAAAAAAUUUCCAGAUGUCUCUUAAAAUGUCAUGAAUAAAAUUGGAAACUGUAGAAGUGUUACUGUGUCCUAUGGACUCAAUAGCAGAGUUUAUUUUUGUUUUUAAUGGCAAGGCUUCUAGAGUCAAUGAUUGUAUGAGUUUGCUACUCUGGCUGUGCUUACAGCUCCAUCCAAGUACAAGGGAAGAACCAAUGAGGUGGAUUGGCUGACAGUGGGGCAUGCCCCAGCAUAAGCCCUAGAGAGGUCGACAGUAGUGCAGAAUGAAAACUUGGUUGGGGAUGGCGGGUGGGGGGUGGGAGGAGGGUGGGCGGGCCGGGAGGGAGAAAUGGAGUUUGUUCUACUUACCGAUAAAGCUUUGUGAACUAAUUUUAUACAAUUCAUAAAAUUUGGUGCCUUGUACUCAAUUAUGGUUUGCAUGGAAUUGAAAAGAUUAAGGGAAAGGAUUUCUUCUUGUCAUUUCAAGUGGCAAAUGGGUCUGUGUAGUGUUUAAAGGACAUCUGGUGUCACAGACUUUUAAAAAGCAUUUCAUGUCUCUUGUGUGUGAAUGCAAAUUAUUCUUACCAGCAAGUUCUGAAAUUAUGUUACAAUGUCCAGAUUCUUUGUAUUUGUGACUGUUCAUCAUAUGGCUGCUUUUCAAGGCAGACUGUGUACUCCAUUGUUUUUCACUUCCCUUGUCAUGUUCCAUACAUUUACUUGGGCCUUUUUAAAUCAGGCUGGGGGGCUACCCCUUCUUAAAUGUAUACUAUAUCCCUAUCUGAGGUUACCUCUUGUGAGUGGAAGGGUUGCUUUCCCAGGUGGUUGGGAGAGCACGAAUGUUUAGAAAAGGCCUUUUAGUCUUUAUCAAAACAAUGACUAAUGCUGGGCAACAUAUAGCAGAAGUCAAACAAAAAUGAUUCCUCCUGAAGUGGUACCUUCAUUGGUUCUGAUGUUCUUUUGCAAAAAAUGUCCGGAAGCAGUAUAGAAAACCCCCUGUAUGUGAACCUUAGAUUGUAAGACAAGCCAGUGCACUGUGUAAUAUGCAAAGGGAGUAGUGCAAGAGAAGGCACCCGUCCCAGCUCUCCAUGCCCUUUCCCUGGCAGGCGCUGAUUGAGAUGGUGCUGAGUGAAUGUGGAAGGUGCUAAGACCCAGUCUCUUCACUGCAGGGCUGUUUACAGCCAGUUUCUUUUACUCUGACCUUAAGGUUUCCACUGAGCUCAUGAAACUUCAACAUAUGGUAUUUAAGUUUCCCACUCAAAUGCACACUUGAAAAUUGGGUCCCUCAGCCUCAUUACUGAACUAAAUAAGUGAAGAGGUUGUAUCUUUGGGGUAAAACUUUCCAGGGCCACUUAAUUUUUUAACCAGUUAAGUACGCAUCUUCGUGGUGGUUCAGACUUUUUAAGUCAGCACUAAAGCUGAAAAGCGCCUUCUAAAUAUGACUGUGAGUUUAGUCUGUAUCUUACGUUUAGUAACUGUUCUGUUGGGCCAGGACUAUGACUUUCAUUACUAUGUACUUAUUCAUCCCACACUCUGCACUAAAUACACCAUAGCUACUAUAGCAUUGUGGCAGGCACUCAUUUUUGUGGACUCAUUCCAUACUUCUGCUGGCAUAUUUCAUUUAAAAUCUAGCUAAAGAUUUUCACAGUACUGUGUUAACUAGCCAGGGCUGAAAAGUGUGACAGGAUAUCAAAUUGACUUUCCUUGGGGAAAAUGUUGCUUUGGCAAUAGUGAAGUCCAACUCCUUCAUUUAUAGAAUUAAUGAUUACUCAUCAAUUUUUGAAAGUUGUAGAUUAAGUAGUUUUAUUCUUAACCACUUUGAAGAUUUAAGCCAGUUUAAAUGAAACAUUGGCUGGACACAGUGCUAGCACCUGUAAUCCCAACACUUUGGGAGGCCAAGGUGGGAGGAUUGCUUGAGGCCAGGAGCUCAAGACCAGCCUGGGAAACAGAUUUGAAAUCUUUUCAAAAAUGUAUAAAAAUUUAAAAAUAAAUGAAUCCUUACUCAACCAUCAUUAUGGCUUUAAAACCCAACCAACAGUAAACAGUUACUUGAAGCCAAAACAGUAAAUUUUGAAUGAAAUUUGAAUUAUGCUUUUGGAAGCUGCCAUGUCUUAAUUCUUGCUGGAUUUUGAUUUUCAAUUUUGGAAGUUUUUAUCAAAUAAAACUCUUCAGUCAUGAGUAUAUCAGGUAGCAGCCUUUAAGGAUCUACGUUUCAUUCCUAUAAAGAACAGGAGACGCUGGUAUUUCUUGUCUUAGCAAGUGGUCUGAUGCAGGUCUAAAUGGGGGUUAGCAUCUAUACUGUGGCUUAAAAGUUUCCUCCUUGGUCACCAUUUGGGAGGUGAUGGCUUCAAAGCUAAGCUUUGCUCUCAUGUGACCCUUCUUUAUCUUAAUACCCAGUAAGAUAUAAACCUCUCAGAGUCUACCCAGUGUAGACUCAAAGGGUCUUAGCUUCAUCUAUCAGAUAAGAUCUAUCUGAUUUAUACAAAGAAUGGUGCUGUUUUUAUAUACAUACUAAAAAAAUUAAUUCUCAAACAAUUUUCUUAAUAUUUACGCCAGCAAGGUCAGGAAAGACUAUUUUGUCCUGUUUAUCUUCAGUAGUGAACAAACUGCUAGAGACAUCUGUCAUUCUUACAGGCCACUGUGGUCCAUAUAUACUGACCCUCCUUUCCAAUUAACGUCCUUUAAUCCCAUACUAGUUCCAUAAGAGACUUGGCACAUAAAAGCAGUUUUUUAAUGCCUAGUAAACUGAUCAGAAAAAAAAUAUUGCCACGGUGGACCUGUUUCUAUCCACCUCUUUCGAUGGGUAUACAAGUCUAUACAUGCCAGUUCCGUACAUACUCCAUUUCCAAAGAGCCCCCAAACCCUGGACAGUAGCACUACCAUGAAUUUUAGGGUCACAAAACAUUUCCUUCUGAAGGAAGCAGCUUCCUCAGCAGUGUCACUUUAGUGAGCACUGCCCAGGCUUACUUCACUUUGCCUCCCCCUACACAUCACUGCCCUCUUUCUGCCACCAAACCUCACUAUUCCAGCAACAAUGCCUCCCUGGUGCCUGGAAAACCCAUCUGGUGCACUAAAAUGCUAUGCAACACCAAAUGGCUUCUUCCCCUAAUAUUGCUCAACAAUGUAAAUUCUUCAAGAAUAAACUUCAUGCUACGUUAACAUCAAUGUAUGGUUACACCUUCCUUUUUUUUUUUUCCCUUUUAAAAUGAAGCAGACCACCUCCAUUAAAAUCCAUGUUUGGGGCUUGUUUUGUCUCUCAAGUGUGAAAUAUAAAUCAUGUUUUUAUGAUUUUUGUAAAUCUUUUUACACCUUGUUUUUGUAAGCAAAAAUUUCUUAUUAAAAGAAUAAAAUGAC